GAUAAAGCUGUGUAGUCAAUGUUCACGGUCACCGAAAGAUAUCAUACGAAAAUUUCGAGACGCGGAAUGCCGUGUUUGUGAGCAGCGAGAUUACUGGGAACUGAAGACACAUCUGUUCGACUAUCACUGGAAUCAUGAACUUCUCCUCUCAAACUUGUCACAGAAAGAUUGCCAAAAGGCAUACGCCAGUCAACUAUACAUGGCAUCGUUUCCCGCUCACAAGUGUAGCGUCGACGACUUUGUCUAAGCGACGGUAUGAAGAAAUUGACAUCGGACCAAUUUGCAGUUCGAGCCUCAUCAACCGAUCGGUAUCGCAGCGCCUCAGAAGACGGUUUCCCAUUGAAGUUAAUCGACUAUGGUCCGCAUUUCCUGUGUACUGUCUUGAGAUUUCUGGCAAAUGCUUCAAACGUACUAAUAAUAAAAACAGGAGCAAACUGUCUUGUCUGGUUGUCUGGUUUAUCUAUAGGGAUUUUUGGUUUUAUUUGAUAGCAUCAGUAAAUUUUUUC